AUGCCCUCAGCUAACACUUUCGCGGAUAUUUUUAAGACUGCAUUGGCUCCAGUUCUAAGCCAGCUCAGCAGCCUAAACAACAACGUCACCACCGUGCUCCAGAGCGGGCACGAAGAAUCAGAUGAGGACGGUGAAACCGCCUCUGUUGACGAGCCCGCCAAUUCUGGGGACAUGGAUGCAGAUGUCUCUGCGCUCCUCGCGGCUGCGGGAACAGAUCAAAACAACGAGGCUAUGCCGGGUGACGAACUUCUAAAAGAACUCGCACAGGACCUGACAGUCAGCGAGAAGACCUCCCCACCCCUUCGCGAAGGGCUGGCGGCCAUCUUCAACAAUCUCUUAUCAGAAAAGAUGGGGGAGGAGAAACUAA